AUGUUCAAGAACAAGGGCAAGAAGAGCGGGCCCAGCGGGCCCAGCGCACCCAAGGCGCGCAAGUCUUUCGAGGGCUCCAAGCCUGCACGCGGGGGGAUUAGCGACGAGCUUCGGCAGGCUGUGGCCGACCUCGGCGGCGACGAUGAGGAUCUCGAGCUCAUCGCUGGCGUAGACAACGACGACGGGGAUGAUGUGAUCGCGGCCAAGGGGGCGGCUAUGGAUGAGGGCGACCUGCGGAAAGCGUUGGGUAACUUCAUGAAGGGCCUCGACUUUGGGAAUGCGGGUGCGCCGGCACCCAAGGCCGAGGAGGAGGACGAGGCCGAGGAGGAGAGCGAGGAUGAGGAUGAGGAUGAGGAUGAGGAUGAGGAUGAGGAUGAGGAUGAAGAGGAGUCCGACGGCAGUGAUAAGGCUGAGGAGGACGAGGAGGAGGAGGAGAGCGACGAGGAGGACCACAGGGAGGACGAGGUCAAGCCACAGCCCAAGGCUGCACCAGAACCUACACCCGAGGCCGCGCCUCAAAGAACCGACCCCGAGCCGACCAGUGGAAGGGCCGUCCCCGCCGAGCCUACUUGGGCCGACCUCGUGCCCGAGCUCUCGACGCCCAACAAGCCACUGGGCCGCGUUGCCCCCGAGAUUCUCAAUAACUACCGCCAGCGCGGCGAGCGUCUGCUCUCAGAGCUCCCGAAGCCCCAGCGCGUCGGCAGCAGCAGCGACGCGGCGUUCAUCUCGCAGAUCCUUUCGAGCGGUACCCACAACGACAAACUGUCUGCUCUGGUUCUCAUUGUGCGCGAGAGCCCGAUCCACGGUGUCUCGGAGCUCGAGCGCCUCCGCAACAUGGCCGGAUGGCGUGACGGUGCACCUGGCGGUGGAGCGCGUGACCUGCGCCUGGCUUCGGUGCGCGCGCUUGCCGACUGGUGGGUGACUGGCGGCGGCAAGGCUGCAGGCAAGCUCAAAUACUUUGCCGACCAGCCGCUUCUCGCUCACCCCGACGUCACGGACCGGCACCUCGUCGUUUUCAUGUUCGAGGACUUCCUCAAGAAGUGGUUCUUCAACCUCCUCCAGAUCCUCGAGGCGCUUACCCACGACCAGCUGCCAUACGUGCGUAUGAAGGCGCUCGACGUCGUUUUCCAGCUGCUCUCGGGCAACGCGGAGCAGGAACAGAACCUGCUCCGCCUCGGCGUCAACAAGCUCGGCGACAACGACCGCGCCGUUGCGUCCAAGGCGAGCUACCAUCUCCUCCAUCUGCUGCAGGUCCACCCGGCUAUGAAGGCCGUGGUUGCGCGCGAGGUAUCGGCACUCGUGCUCAAGACGACACUGACGGGCCCCGCUGGCGCCGCUUCCUCGGGCGCGCAUAUGCGUUUCGACGACGAUGAGCCCAAGAAGAAGGAGGAGAAGAAGGAGGUCAACGACCACGGGCGGUACUACGGCCUCAUCACGCUCAACCAGAUGACGCUCACGAGCAAGGACAACGACGUUGCUGGCCGCCUGGUGGAGGUAUACUUUGAGGUGUUCCGCGAGAUCCUGGGUGACGAGGAGAAGCGCGGCGACGCGGUCGACGAGGACGAGGAGCGCGAGAAGAUCACCGGCAAGGUCGGCAAGUGGCAGGGACGCCGGAAGGGUGCCAAGGCCAAGGGCGGACGCAAGGAGGAGGAGGAGCUUGUCGAGUCUGGCGCGGCCAAGCUCAUCGCGGCCGUUCUGACCGGUAUCAAUCGUGCGCUGCCGUUCGCCAAGCUCGACGAGGGCCUGUUCUCGGGGUACAUGGAGACUCUGUUCAAGAUCUGCCACGCGGGGACGUUCAACACUUCGAUCCAGGCGCUCCAGCUCAUCUUCCAGGUGUCCAAGUCUCGCCAGACGGUCAGCGACCGCUUUUACCGGACACUGUAUGAGUCGCUGUUUGACUCUCGCCUUCUCAUGUCCUCCAAGCAAGCCAUGUACCUCAACCUUUUGUUCAAGGCGCUCAAGCACGACACGUCGUUGCCGCGCGUCAUGGCCUUUGUCAAGCGCCUCUUGCAGAUGCUGACGCUGCACCAGCCGCCUUUCAUCUCAGGCGCACUGUACCUCCUCGGCGAGUUGUUCAACACCAUGCCGGGUUUGCGGCGCAUGCUCAUCGAGCCCGAGGACGAUGGCGAGGAGCACUUUGUCGAUGCCGACGGCGACAAGCCGGCCAAGGCCGAGGCGAACAAGACCUCUGGGCCAGUAUAUGACGGCAAGAAGCGCGAGCCUCAGUACGCGCACGCCGACACGAGCUGUCUCUGGGAGCUCCUGCCAUUCACGACGCACUUCCAUCCCAGUGUUGCGCUUCAGGCCAACCAGCUGCUCAUGGGCGAGCAGCUGACUGGCUCGCCCGACAUUUCGCUCAACACGCUCAUCUCGUUCCUCGACAAGUUUGUGUACCGCAACCCGAAGAAGACGGCGGCGGCAAAGGGCGCGAGUAUCAUGCAGCCCGCGGCUGUCAGCGACCACACUGGAACGGUUAUUCGGAUGCGCGGCGCGCGCGCAGGUGGCGACGCGGUCAACUCGGAGUCGUUCUGGCGCAAGAAGGUCGAGGACGUGCCUGCCGACCAGCUGUUCUUCCACAAGUUCUUCGCAACCAAGCUCGCACGCAAGGAGGCUUCCAAAAAGAAGCGCGGUGCGGACGACGAGGAGAUGAGCGAGAACGAGUUCCCGGAGAGCCUGGGAGGUUCGGAUGAGGAGGGAUCGGAGGAGGAAGAAGGAGGAGAGAAGGACGAGGAGAGCGACUUGGAAGAGGCCGAGAUCUGGAAGGCCAUGCAGGGCACGAUGCCGGACGCUGGCGACGACAUGGGCCUGUCUGACGACUCGGAUGGGGACGUCGACUACUCGUCCGACGAGGAGGGAGGAGAAGGGAAGGAGGUAGAGGAGGUAGAGGAGGGCGAAGAUGAUGAGGAGGAGGUAGAGGAUGAGGGCAUGGAGUCGGACGACGCUGGCGACCGCGACGACGUGUCGGACGACGAGGACUUCCCAUCGUUCGCCGAGGACGACGACGACCUCAUCUCGCUCGACGAGAUGCCGGACGAGGUUCUCAAUGCCGAGAGUGAGGAGGACGAAGAGGAGGAGGAGGACCCCGCAGCAGGUGCCAAGCGCAAGCGCCGCGAGGAGCGCAAGGAACGGCGUAAGAAGCGCAAGGAGAUGCCGGCGUUUGCAAGCUACGAGGACUACGCCAAGCUUAUCGAGGCGGACAGCGAGUAG